AUGCCAUUUCCCAAACUCAGUCCGUUACAAUCUCGAGUGGCAGCUUCUCUUGGAGCAUCAAUCUGUCUCCUUUUGCUUUAUCUCGCCUUUGCAUCUCCGCAUUUUGCCUACGCGACUGAUGUUGUAUCAACACUACCAGAGGACCAUAACCAUGACCGAUUACUGGCGGGGCCGUUUUUGGAUGUCGAGCUGGGAUCGAAUUUAGACUCAGGAGAGUUAUCAUACUCGCCAGACUUUUUGGGGGUGGAUAGAGGGAUCAUUGGAAGGGCUCCGACGUCGAACGAGCCUAUACCCCUAAUAAAUAAUGUGCGACAGGCGGAUAACGUGCCAAUGGGGUCGGUCGUGUCAUAUGUCUUCACCAACUCCUCGGUAUGGGGAAAUAAGUCCACUGCGCCGCUUACGCCAGCCAUGAUUCGAAGGCAACUUCUGGUAGAGAGGCACGCUAUGCAAAAGGGAACAGACCAGAAAAUGGAGACGAUACGGGAGUUGAAGAAACGACAAAACAGCGCGAGCAACAGGACCGUGUACAUCACAGUGACUGCUUGCGAUCAACCUGCUCCAAUUGACCCCAAUGGGGGAUUCAGUCCUCCGCCACAAUUGGAGAUCUAUGUUUCCGUGUCAGAAGAUAACAAGGUACCGGGUCCGAAUAAGUCUCCUCAGACAACGACUGAAUUGGAUAGGGGUUUCGGUAUGGUUGAGGUGAACGCUACCAGCAAUGUCUACAUUGGGGUAUAUGGGAAGAAUGCUACUGCUUACCAAGGCGUAUGGAAUGCCGAAAUCGCAGUGUCGAUUGAUGCGCCGUAUCACUACUACCACGAUAAUGAAAACAUGGCAUUUGUCGACAGUGACAGCAGCUCGGCCUAUCUGAGUGCAGACGACCCAAGUGUGUAUAACGGCGAUCUUUCCGACGGUGACAAUUUAGCUCGAGCCUCAAAGCCAUACGUACUUUUCGCAAGUAGUACAACACCCUCGACUAUUUAUGGUCUGCAGAACUCGGCAUGCGGUUUAGCAACUAAGGCUCAAUUCAUGCCGGAUGGUAUACGACCGGGACAAGUCGUCAGCAACGUCCAGACUUGGCUAACCAGAAAAAGAGACGGUUUAGUACCAGAACAGAGGUUUUCGGUUUCCGGGUUGGCUCCAGGCACUACAUACGACGCUAUUCUUGCAAUUCCUAGGGACCCGAAUAACAGUGGAACAGUUGGAGGUGGGGGCCAAGUUUUCAAGCGGCAAACGUUCAGUACAUUAUCAGACAGCAAUUGUGCUCUUGUGACAAAUUUGACGUUCUGCGAGGGAAUCACGUAUUCUGUGCCCAGUAAUCCAAAUUUAUUCCCGAACGAGACUGCGUUGAGAGCUGUCUAUGACAAUUAUACAAUUACCAAUUUCAAGUACUUCGAGAACGCCAUGAUGCAAAUCCCGUGUAACACGACUUCCUCUGCGCAGUAUUCAUUAGCGACAAGCUGCGAUAAUUGUACCAAGGCUUAUAAAGACUGGUUUUGCGCAGUCAGCUUGCCUAGAUGCACAGACUUCACCAAACAGGAUGCUUUCCUUCAGAUUCGGAAUGUUGGGUCAGCGUUCUGGAACGGUACAUCACUCCCAACAGAUACACCAACAUUCAAGCUUGCCAAUCGUACGGCAGCAGGACGUUCGUCACGAAAUUCGUUGAUUGAUCAGGUUAUUCAACCUGGCCCAUAUAAGGAGCUUCUCCCGUGCGAUGACUUGUGCUACAAUGUUGUACGGAAUUGUCCGGCCGCAAUUGGAUUCAGUUGUCCGUUGCCUGGCUUUGUUGGAUUUGAUACGAGUUACACCCAGAGAUUCAACUUGUCCGCGGACAGAGCAAUCAUGGUUCCACCGCAGUGUAACUAUCCUGGCGCAUCUCAGACAAAUGCUGGCAACGCAAUAUCGCCAUUACCAUCGGGUCUGCUUGGUAUUUUGUCAGUGUCCCUUUUAGCGACGCUCUUGAUGUGA